AUGUCUGUUCACACACAAUGCCAGACUUCAUCCUCGUUACCUGAGUCAAGCGGUGCACGGCUGAAGUGUGGGGCUCUGAAUUCUGUUUUCCGUCCCUUUUUCGCCUCCAUUGCCUUGGUACUGCAGUCCUCAGUGUCCAGAGAUUCGAUUACCACAGCCCCGGGAGGCUUCUGGCUCGACGCCAGCACCGGCUUGCUCACUGCAUGCGAACCAGGCAGCUACACGGUCUCCGACGGAGCCACGUCGGCAGCGCACUGCGUCGCCUCUCCCGCCGGCACCUACGUCUCUUAUUUCGGGGCUCCAGAAACUGAGGGCAGAUGUUCGAGGGGGUACUACUGUCCUGCUGGGUCGACGUCAAGAGAACAGAUAAGGUGUCCUUCUGGGACCUACUCCACGUCUCCGGGAGCAGGUCGCCUGGACGAGUGCGUCGCAUGCCCCGCAGGCUCUCGCUGCCUCCAAAUGGCCCUCACCGACAUUCGAUCGGAUUGUCCCCCUGGCUUCUACUGCCCUGAAGGCUCCACGUUUCGCGGGGUCUCCUGCCCCGCAGGCACGUUCAGGGCACAGAGUCAGGGCAGAGAACUUGCAGACUGCGUGCAGUGUCCUCCUGGAAUGUAUUGCCCUGAACCUGGGCUCUCUGCACCUGCCGCCCCUUGCAGCGCUGGAUACGUCUGUCUUGGAGGUGCCAGCAGUCCUGCGCCAAUCGACAACAUAACGGGCCAAGUGUGCCCAGCUGGGGGGUUCUGCCCCGAGGGAGCGACCGCCAAUGCGCCAUGCCCUGCCGGUACGUACAAUCCGCUUCCGGGGGGGAGAGACGCUUCGUCCUGUUUGCCCUGUCCUGCGGGUCAGUACUGUCUAGGAACAACAAACACGACACCCGACGGAGCCUGUGAAGACGGGCAUAUUUGCCCAGAAGGGUCCUCAUCUCCGACAGAGACUCCUGCGUCUCCGGGCCACUACGCCGUCCACCCAUUCGUCACUGAGGAAAAGUGCAGACGAGGCAGCUUCACUGAGAAAUAUGGCCAAUCGGAAUGCACUCCGUGCUUGCCUGGGUCCUAUUGCAACGACGAGGGCAUGUCCCGCGUCAAGACCUGCCCUGCAGGGACAUUUUGCCCAGAAGCGUCGCUCGUCACGCAGGAGUGUCCAGUCGGAACCUACAGCCCCGUUCCCCUUCGAGGCUCCAUUGACGACUGCAUUGCAUGCCCGCCGGGCCACUACUGCUCUAAAAGCCGCGCGACCCAACCGAGAGGGCCUUGCGCUCCCGGCUUCUUCUGUCAAGGCGGGGCGACAACAGACAGGCCUGCAGAGGGUAGUGGACAAGGUGGGCCCUGCCCUGUUGGUCACUACUGUCCAGCGGAAACCGAGGUGCCCACGCCUUGCCCUCCCGGGACCUACGGAGCGAUGCAGGGACAGAGAGGGCCAGGAUCUUGCCUUCCUUGCCCAGGCGCGACGUUCUGCAGCCAAGCGGGUCUGUCGACGUUUGAGGGGCUUUGUGCAGGAGGAUUCACCUGCCCCUCUGGGAGCAUCAAGCAAAAGCACACUCUCUGUCCUGCUGGGUCCAAAUGCCCGCCCGGGAGUGUCUCGCCCACGGCGUGUCCUGCAGGAACGUACCAGCCCGAUGAAGGCCAAGAAGACUGCUUGCCCUGCCCUCCAGGAUACAAGUGCCCCUCCAGACAGACAGCGUUCCUCAACCGCCCGUGUCCUGAAGGAACUGUGUGUCCUGACAGCAGUACCACGGAGCCGCAACAGUGCCCCGAUGGCACCUACAGUGUACAUACAGCGCGGAUCCACAUGGAGGCAUGUCUCCCCUGUCCGCCAGGCCUGAUGUGCCAGCUGAGCAAUGCCAAACCGGACACCACCGGCACCGCGGACUGUCCUGCAGGCUACGCGUGCUCUGGCGGUGUCAAAGCUACAGGUUCCGGGGUAGAAGGCGAAGGAGCUGUGAGAUGUGAGAAAGGCUUCUAUUGCCCUAGGGGGACUGGUGAACCUAUACCCUGCCCCGCUGGAAAAGUUUGUGCAGCCGCACAGCUGGGCACCGCUGACGUUCCUUGCCCCGGCGGCCGCUACUGUCCGAUGCAGUCGUCGGAAGGCUUCCCUUGUCCUGCCGGAUACUACUGCCCUCAGGGGUCAGCAGCCCCCUUGCGAUGUCCCCUGGGGACGAUCAGCACGUACACGGAGAACGCCGCUGAGGCACAGUGCACAAAGUGUCCACCUGGCAAGUUCUGCGACGGGACGACGAACGGGAUCGAGGACCAAAUUGACAGCACCGCCUUCAGCGGAGAAUGCCGAAAGGGAUACUUUUGCCCAGAAGGCCUGUACACCGCCAUAGGCACGCCGUGCCCCAUCGGCUUCCACUGCCCCGUCGGCAGCGCCACACCGCUCGCCUGCCCUCUGGGGUCUACCACGGCUGCUGCUGGACUCUCGGAAUGCACUGGCUGCGAUGCAGGCUUCAUCUGCUCGGAUGGCAACGUGCAGCCUUGUCCUGUUGGUCAAUAUUGCACUGCGGACAGUCUACCGCAGGACUGUCCCUCGGGGACCUAUAACCCCAUCGCAGGAGGAAUAGACUUCGACGCUUGCCGGCCCUGCCCUCCUGGCAAGGCAUGCAGAAGGAGCAGGACGUCAAAGCCAGAGACAUGUCGAGCGGGCUACUUCUGUCUCUCGGAGGUGACGGUGCUGAACCCCACAACUUUGUCUGAGGCGCAGAGCAUCGCUGUUGCCGAAGGAGAAGCCGGGGCAGCUACGGAAGGCGGAGGCCGGUGCCCGAAGGGGUAUUACUGUCCAGCUGGGACGCGCGUGCCUCUUCCUUGCUCUGCUGGACAUCACUGCGGAACUCUUGGCCUGGCGGACCCGCGUGCGCCCUGCAGUGCGGGGUACUACUGCAGAAGGAAAGCUAAUUCAGCGAGUCCACCUGCCCCAGCCGGUGCCACAAGCUGCCCUUCUCAAGACCACUAUGGUGCAUGCACUCCCGGUCAUUUCUGCCCUUCUGGGUCUCGCGUCCCCGAGGCGUGUCCCCCCGGUACCUAUCGGUCUUUGCCCCUCGGCAAGAGUGCCGGGGAUUGCGUGCCCUGCCCUGGGGGCCGAUAUUGCUCUGGGCGAGGUCUCGUCUCUCCAACAGGCUCUUGUCGACCAGGGGUAUUCUGUACGAAAGCAGCUGAGACACCGGAUGGAACCUUAUGUCCCGAGGGACACUAUUGCCUGGAGGGAACAGUGUCGCCAAAGCCUUGUGCAGCAGGAACAUACCAGGCGACGGUGGGACACACGAGCUGUAGGACCUGCCCCAAGGGGUUCCUCUGCGGCCCUGGAACGGGCACGGUGACUCCAGUGGCCUGUCCCCCGGGUCACUUUUGCCCAGCGUCCACUUCAAAGCCGUCCAAGUGCCCUGCUGGAAAGUAUUCCCUCGUCGAUGGCCUAGCGGAAGAAGCGAAUUGCUCGUGGUGCCCUCCUGGAAAUGUCUGCACGGCAGAAGGCGUUGCCACAGAACUCAAACGGUGCCCGGCCGGGAGCUACUGCCCAGCUCCGGACUACGUCCUUUCACCUGCCACUGGAGGCGACGGCAGCAGUGGGGCUUUGAAGGUCACCUGCGCCUCCUCAACUGGCGGCGUUCCCACCUGCGCCAUUGACGCACUUGAGUGUCCUCUUGGUUACGUUUGCCCAGAGGGCAGCGCAACUGCCAAAAGAUGCCCCCUAGGCCAGACCGUCGCCGUGAGCGGCGCAGCGACCAACUCCGGAUGCAAGCCGUGUCCAGCGGGACAGUUCUGUUCUCCCUCAGGAGCCGUCGAGCCGUGUGCCGAUGGCUUUCUCUGCAUUUCUGGGGCGUAUCGGCCGAAGCCGUUGACCGCGAAAGUCGGACGUCUGUGCCGGGCUGGACAUUUCUGUCCGUCGGGCACCACCGUCGAAAUCGCGUGUCUCCGGGGCACUCUCAGUGUCGGAGAAGGAAGUGGAAACGCCUGCGACGAGUGUCCGCCUGGGAAUGUCUGCGAUGCAGAAGGCAUCAAGGCUCUAGACGACCAUCGGGCCUGUCCAGCGGGCUCUUACUGCCCACCUGGUAGUGUCACAGCGAUUCCUUGCCCUGCUGGGACGUACAGCGCCUUCACAUAUCUCGCUUCCUCUCAGGAAUGCCUAGCCUGUCCUGCAGGAAAGUACUGUGAGAGUGCGGGAGCCCACGCCGUGACUGGCCCCUGCGACGCAGGCACAUGGUGCAAGCGAAAAUCGACGAAGCAAAAUCACUCAGGUGGAUACGCGCCAUCGAGCCUCGUUGCCUGCCCUCAAGGUGCCUAUUGCUUACAGGCCGCACCCAUGCCUAUCCUGUGCCAACCGGGGACCUACCAGGACGAGGAGGCGACCGCCGACGCGUGCAAGCCGUGCGCUGCAGGCACCUUUUGUGGGUCUGCUGGCCUCACGACGGAAGCAGGAAGCGGCCCUUGCCAAGCAGGCUUCUUCUGCAAGGAAGGCGCCAAGGUCGCCGCACCGAGAGACAAAUCAACUGGGGAUAUCUGCAAAAAGGGCCAUCAUUGCCCGUCAGGAUCCAAGGCACCUCAAGCGUGCCCCCCCGGGUACUACAGUGACGAGGAAGGUCUGGCCACAUGCAAGCCAUGCCCUGCAGGCUCUCUCUGCCCUGGAGGAACCAACGGGGAAAUCGGGGGCUGCCCUGCUGGAUCCUUCUGUAAGGCGGCUGUCUCGGCUGCUGCGGCAUGCCCCGAUGGAACGACAAGCGAAGUGGAGAGUCUUGCGGAAGAAGGCCAGUGUGCCGACUGUCCAGCUGGAAAAGUGUGUGAGGCUGGCAAGCCGCCAGCCUCGUGUCCCGAGGGCUUCCUUUGUCUUGCGGGAGUCGGACCCAAACACAUCGGAGCUUCGAACGCCGAUAUCGAUGAACUGUGGCUGGACUCGACCUUCUGGGGUGGACAUGCGAUUCACUACGGCGGGGCUUGCCCGCCUGGGCAUUUUUGCCCCCGUGGGGCAACAGCCCCUGAGCCGUGUGCCCAAGGAACUGUUCGCGACCAAACCGGAGGCAAAAGCCAGGCCGACUGCACCAAGUGCCCCAUCGGCAGUUUCUGCGAUCCACGGAUGCCGGUCCCUGUUUCCUGCCCCCCUGGAUACUACUGCCCCGAGGAUACCCAGGAGCCGUCUCCCUGUGAGGCUGGAUCUUAUCUUACCGCCAGCGGCCACUCCGAGAAGUCCGCCUGCACCAUUUGCCCGGAGGGUUAUGCAUGCAAUCGGGACGGCGUCGUAGACUACAAGCUCUUCCCUUGCCCCACAGGCUACUUUUGUGGCGCUGGAGUCCUGGAGCCUGAGGCGUGCCCCGCCGGAACUUACGGGGCAGCUCCGAAGCUCACCCGGGCAGACCUGUGUGAAGCCUGUCCGCCUGGAAUCGUUUGUACAACGCGCGAUGAGGAGGACGGUUCACGGCGACCACAGGCGCUCGGCUGUCCAGCUGGUUAUGUUUGCCCGAAAAGCACAAGUACGCCAACACUCUGUCCUGCCGGCACCUUCUGCCCCCGAGGCACAUCGACCCCCCGCACAUGCCCGGCUGGCUAUUUUUGCCCGGAAGGAGCAGAAACUCCUGUCCUCUGUUCCAAAGGAACGUUCUGCUUAGAAGGCGCAACUGAGCCCAGUGUGUGCCCUGCAGGCUAUAAGGCAAAGGACUCCUGUGUAGGCGCGUACUCCGUCGAGGCCUGUUGUGAGCCGUGCCCAGUGGCCACCUACUCCGACAGGCCAGGAGCUACACACUGCAGCCCGUGUGCAGCAGGCUACAUAUGCAAGGGCGGUGCUACCACGGCGAAACCCAGCGCAGAAGAGACGAGCUCUGAGGGAUACGUGUGUCCACCGGGCUACUACUGUCUGGAGGGAGCUUCGGAGCCUACCCCGUGCCCCGCCGGCACCUUCAGAGACCAGCCAGGAGGCGAGGCUCUCGACGGCUGCUCUCCGUGUCCCCACGGAACCUUCCAGAGGUUUCCUGGAAUGGCGUCGUGCACCAAGUGCGGGGAGCAUGCAGUCUCUGAGAAAUCCGUGGGUUCAACAACAUGCACGUGCCUCGGCAUCUCUCGGUUUUACCAAAUCGAAGACGGCACCUGUCCCUGCUACGCUCGCUCCUCCCCUCAAGGCGGAGAGCCUCAAGAGUCACAGGAUGGCCGCAGUCCUUGUGAAGCGAAGCUAUACCCACGUUGUGCGUCGGGCAGCCACAGGGACGACUUUGGCGCCUGCGUGUUCGAGGCCGAAGUCGAGUGUGGCGAGUCAUGCCGUGGAGGCUCUGGAAGCUUUCUCGCUGCAUUUGGUGUUUGCCAGUGCGCUGAUGGACCUCGCAUUGCAGCCCAGUGUACAUCCACCUGCAAAGAGCAGCUGCCACAGGUGUUCGUCUCAGAUGCAGGCUUCGAAGAAAUCGACUCUGUUCAGGGAUCCAAAACGGUCUACAGCGAGGGCCUUCCUCCCGACAUCGACCUCGCCCAUCUGCAGUUCUUGUGCAACAAACUCAAGGAGGGUCUGCGGGGCUUGCCGUUAACGUCGCUCUGCGGCGUCAGCUUUCAUCAGGCUUCGUCUGCCGGUCUUGACGGGCUUCUGCGGAUGCCUGAAGAAUUUCGACCGGCGCACGGUUCUCGAAAUUAUGAAGACUCUCAAGACACUUUCGCUGGAACGCAAGUUCAGCUCCGGCGCUCCAUUUCUUCGGCUUCCUUCAAGAGGCCAGGGAGUCGCCAGCGAGCUACGGACCCGCGGCACGUUGUCCCCAGGCCAGUUCAGUGUCUCCAACGGGGGUCAACGAUCAUCUGGGAACUCAAAGAUGGCGUCUAUCCGGUUUACCACAAGGAGAGUCUGAUGAAUACGCAUCCGGCAAUGGAUGACGGCCCGUUUCGAGAACUUGCGCAAACUGCUCCGAUCCUCCCGCAGUUCUUCGCCUACACAUUUCUCGUCGCGGGCUCCUUCGUUUUUGCAGCCUCCGACAAUCCUCUGGAGAUUGCCGUCGUUGUCGUUGUCCCCGACGGCGUCAGAUGCCCAGCAGCAAGCACGUUCGCCGCUCCGCUGUCAACGCAAAGCCUGGGGAUUCUCGGCGUAACGACGGCAUCGCAGCGACUCAUGACAGAGCCCAACUGGGGUGUGGUGUUUCUGGGAGUUUUUGCUGUCGCUGCAUGCUGUCUCCUCGCCUUCUACGCAGUCUGGAGGUGCAGACACAGCGCCUGGGAAGUGCGUGUCUGGACUGCGCCCUUGGGAUCCGCGAACCGAAUCCCUAACGACGACUUUAAGUCGGUUCUCGCCGCUUUGGACGGUCUCCCCGGCGCAACGGGCAACCUGCGGUGCACAGACACUCGGCUAGUACACCACGUCGUCGUGAAACCUGCUGAGCCACUGCUGGAACCUACGGGAAAAGCAACAAGUCCAUCCGAUGACGCGCCGAUCAUUCCUCUCAAGGAUGCGGCAGAUGCGCUGGUUGUCGACAUCGAGUCUACCGACACACGGCUUCUGCAGGUCAUGUUCGAGAAGCUUCUUGAUUUUGGCAAUAUCCUGAAGCGUCUCGUCGAGGAUGAAGUGAAGGCAGUUAAAGCCGCCUGCGACGUCAUGCCUCAAACGCUUGAAAGAAUUCUAAGGCGGACUCGACAAACGCUUCUGCUGCUGCCAAACGAGCACAUGUGGGCCAUCUCUCCGAGUCAGGCAAAACUGCUGCAGGCCCUUGCAUGCGUCUUCACCGAGGGCGACAACUCUCCCGCCGUCGGAGAGGCGCUGGCCAACGCGCUGACUCCUCAUACUUUGGAGAGUUCUCAGGUCUCAAAGGGAGGAGACCUUCCCGGUUCGCUUCUCGCCUGCGUCGACCUCGCUGGCGUCGCUGUCUUCGAUGCCUUCGAUUGCUUGUGGCUUCUCGAGCCUCAGCACGGCGAGGACUCGGUGGCCGACCGUGUGCUUGGAAAGCUCGAGAAGUUGUUGGAAGGCAACGACCCCCUGGAGGAGAAUUCCGACUCACUCUUCGUUAUUUACGACACCUUGUUUGCGGAGCGGGCUUAUCAGGAAGAGCGCUUGCGGCGGGAGUGCACGCGCGUCCAGUCGCGUUUUGCAGGGGUGAUGCAGAAGUUCAAAGACACCUGCCAGACUCUUCACCUUCUGCCGGCGAAACAGGCCCAGGCGUGGUUCGAGCUGAAAGAUUUCCAGCUGCGAGAGCUGCUGGACUUCGAAGCCAAAGCCUCCAGGAGCAUCGUCGAGGCCGCCGUGGGGGGAGUGCGGAGCGGAAAGGCGAUGCUGAAUGACAACCUCUUGACGACGACUCUGGAGAUGGACUCCUCUAACAGUCGCGCCUUUCUCUCGGGGAUUCUGGCCUCUUCCCGGAAAACGCUUCUUGACCAGAUUCGCCAGCAACUGGCAGCGGCCCUGAAGGAGAUGAAGCAGCUGCUGAAGAGACAAGACGCCGCGUUGAUGGAGCUCCUCAGUGAGCACGCUCGAAGUUACCGUACUGCAGCUGAGGCGCGACGCCACGCAUGCAGAGCGCUGCUCCAGCAGAAGCACACAGAAGAAAAACAGAGGCUGAAGCGGUGGAGUGCCACGAUGGUCAAGGCGGUUAAGGAGACCCGCAAUGUGCCAGCAGAGAUGCAAGGGAACGCGCGAGAGGAACAGGAACGUCUGGAUAUGGAGACAGCUUUGGAGCAAGUCCAUCGUGCCACUGCUCACAGACGACAGCUCGGCGAGGAUCGCCAACGCCUAGAAAAUCAGAUGGCUGAGGCCGCUUUCAGCACCGCGGUGGACCUACACGAGGCGCACCUCGACUUUCUUCGCGACCAGACCCGAAUGGAGUACCAGCUUCUCGAGGCGUCCUCUAGGGAAGACCACGAGAUCCACAGCGACUUCGCUGUCGAGUUGGGUACGCUGCAGCUGGAGGCGCUCGUGAUGAACGUGAUGAAGAGAGCAGCAAGGCAAGAGGCAAACGACCAAUGCGAGACAACUCUCGACGAAGUCCUGGAGACUGAGAUGGAAGGCUGGAACGGACAGACAGUGGUGACAGCGCUCCAGGCUGUCCAGAGCAAAGUCACGAAGCAGCAGUCGGCUAGCCGCGAGAUCAGCGCGAGUCUCGUUGCCAAGGGUAAACAAGCUUCUGAGGCUCUCACGCGCUGUGUGGCAAACCGAUACGAUCUUAUGACACAAGCAAUCGACCAAAUUCAAGGAAAGUCAUUCCAACUUGCUCUCAGCGCUUUGGAGGCGCGGGAAGACACGUGGAAAGCAGCUCUUUCCGCGGCUGGCAGACUAGCACUGAAUGACGCGGAGCGACAGACGUCGGAGAAAGAAGUCCUGCGGCAACUCGAGGUUCAGAAAACAGUCGAGGCAGACGACGAGUUUGAAAAAACUCAACUUCUGCAGGAGUUACUUGAGAAGAACUGCCACACUCGUCUACGGACUGUCACGCAGCUACGCCGUGCCAUGCUUCAGACGAGGUUGAAAGCGUGGGCGGCUGUGGCUCUUCAUGGCGGAUUCUUUGACAAAGUGAAGGCGCUCCAGAGCUGGAAAGAAGUGGCAGACCACCGGAGUCAAGAGGACGACGCUCUUGCAGCAAUUCGUGACCAGCGCCGACAGGCAAUGGGGAAGUACGUGAUGCGAGUUCGGAAACUGGUGAUUCGUGAGGAGAAGCGCAGAGUCCACCAGAAAGAAUCCCUCGCUCACGCUGCCUUCGUAGUGACCCAGCCUCGAACAGUGACAGGGAAGGCGCUGGGCACUGCUGGGGGGGUGCUGCAGGGUGCGGUGGAGAUGCUGGCGCACAAGAAGCUUGACGAUGAAUUUACGCGGAGGCGGAGUGCCCUGAAGGCAGAGCUCAGGCGAGAGUUGGAGGCCAUUGACGAGGAGAUAAAGCGACAUCAGGAGAUAAUCGAAGCAGAGGCGGAAGACCUGUCAGGAGCCGACGAUGAGGUGCCUCAAGAAACUGUGUCGAUGGGGGGAUCCGUGUCGGAGCUCGGAAACGCUGAAAGAGGUCAAUCCGUCCGCAAAAAGCGCAACAGCGAAAUGGAAAACCGUCUUAGUCUCCUGGAUCGUCAACGCGCAGAGAUUGUUAACCUUUUCAACGAAAACGAACGCCAGCUCGAAUCCGAGUGGCGUACGCGGGCCGUCCAUGUGCGGCAUGAGAUCCUGCAGAAAAUCACUGACUUUGCUGUUGAGUUGGAGUCUAGUGGCCAGCAGCUGGACAGCAUAGCCGCUGAGGUUGCCAGAGAUGUGACCGUCCAGUACCAAGAAGAACUGAAAGAACUGGAAGGAACGCGGGAUGCACCUGCUGCCGAACAGGACAACACCGAUGGUUUCGAGGAAGACAACAAGGAUGCGGACGCUGCCCCUCCUGAAGGUGACCUAGACCAGAAACUUCGGCAUCUGGCGAUGGUGCGGUGCCAGAGGGUAAUUUUGCGCCUAAAGCGGCUAGUGGAGAAAGGCAGCAAGAUGGCUCGAAGCCUGUCUGAGGAGGCUUCUGCCGAGCUGAGACGUCUGCAGAAGGAGGAGAGGGAAAAGGAAGCCGAAAGGCGCGUCGAGCUUGAGCGGGAGCUGCAACAGCACGAACGCGAGAAGGUCGAAGCAGAAAAACGCCUCGCGGAGUCCCUGGAGUCUCUGCAGAGAGAGUGGGAAGAGAGACUGGAGAGGACCCAAGAAGAGGGGCGGGCUCGGCUACGGGAGCUGCAGGAGGCGGCGCGACGCGAAGCUGGACGGAAAGUAGGCGACCAGAAUCUCGGAGCGAUAAAGCAGGAAAUCUUCGCGAGACACCAGGAGGACGCCACGCGCUUUGAUGAGGCCCUCGGUGCUGAGUAUUGGAAGCAAAUGAAUCGGCUGAGGGAGAGACUGCAGGUGAAGAUGAUGGCGCGUAAGAGACGCCUGGCGGCCGCAGCGCAGGAACAACUGAGUAUAGAAGGGGACCGUUUGAAGGAAGCGAGGAACGCCUUCGUUGCACAGCAAGAAUCCAUCAGUUUUUACGAUCCUGACAAACAACGAGAGGUCGUCUUGCGAAUCGGGCGGGCCUGGCGAGAUGAAGCUCGCCGACGGACAGCACAGAAGAAAGCAAAUGCAGAAGCAGAUCAAAUUGCCACAGAGGACGCCGAACCCCAGGCAGACUUGCCGCCUCUUCAGAAACUAUCAACGUCGGUGCUCAACAAACGCCUUGCAGGAAUGCGUCGUGCGAUUGAGGACACCAUCGCUGAGAUGCACGGUACCAUGCAGUCGAUCUCAACGACAGAUGGUCGGCGAAGCACAUCGAGCCGGCCCACUAUUCACCAAUUUGAGAGUCUUGUUGAUGCAACGGGUCAAAUAAGUCAGCUACUUCAAAACCUGGAAAAACUGAGCGGCGUGUACUCUUCUAUUAUGCACAACUAA